AUGUCAACAACUAAGAGGAAGACCAUGAGAAAACUAAAGAAACCUACAAAUGGAUUCAGUAGAGAUAAAGAUAGAUCGAAGAAGUAUUCAGAGAUCUGUAAAUCUAGUAGUACUCCUAGUAGGAAGAAGCAGUUCACGUCGAAAUCAACUGUUGUUUCAGACAAUGCAUCAGAUUCUUCACUUGAAGGUUUGCAGACAAAGAGAAGAUGUGCUUGGGUGACAACCAGUACUGAUCGAUCUUACGCGAUUUUUCAUGACGAAGAAUGGGGAGUUCCGGUCCAUGAUGACAAGAGAUUAUUUGAACUUCUUGUUCUUUGUGGAGCUUUGGCUGAACUCACAUGGCCUUCCAUCCUUAAAAGAAGACAUAUUCAGGUACUUGUAUUCAUAUUUCACAAAGUAUUUGCAGAUUUUGAUCCUGUAGCAGUGUCGAAAUUGAACGAAAAGAAGAUUUUAGCACCUGGAAGUACAGCAUGUUCACUACUAUCAGAGCUUAAACUGCGAGCAGUCAUUGAAAAUGCCCGUCAAGUGUCGAAGAUAACAGCUGAAUUUGGUUCAUUUGACAAGUAUAUCUGGAGCUUUGUGAACCAACAGCCUAUACUUGGCAGAUUCCGAUAUCCUCAUCAAGUUCCGGUAAAGACCUCAAAAUCGGACGUUAUUAGUAAGGACCUAGUUCGGAGAGGUUUCCGUGGCGUGGGACCCACUGUUGUCUAUUCCUUCAUGCAAGUUGCUGGUAUAACAAAUGAUCAUCUUAUCAUCUGCUUCAGAUUUCAAGUCUGUUUAGCAGCUACUGAAGGAAAACAGAAGGAUCUAAAUGUGUAG